UUCGUUAAAACCAGGGAAAAAAAAAAACCAGUUGCAGCGUUGCCGGCGAGUCGCCGACAAGAACCCUACCGGACGCCAACUCGUUCACGCGCAGCGGCGCUAAGAGAGAGAGAGAUGGCGGCACUCGGGCAGCUUAACAUAGAGGAGUCGCCGCCGACAUGGGGUUCUCGCAGUGUUGACUGCUUCGAGAAAUUGGAGCAGAUUGGAGAAGGAACUUACGGUCAAGUUUACAUGGCGAGAGAAAUCAAAACUGGGGAAAUUGUCGCUCUGAAAAAGAUACGCAUGGACAAUGAAAGAGAGGGGUUUCCUAUAACUGCCAUCCGAGAGAUUAAAAUUCUUAAGAAGCUUAAUCAUGAAAAUGUUAUAAAGCUGAAAGAAAUUGUGACUUCUCCAGGUCGGGAGAGGGAUGAUCAAGGGAGGCAAGAUGGUAAUAAGUACAAAGGUGGCAUAUACAUGGUCUUUGAGUACAUGGACCAUGAUUUGACUGGCCUUUCUGAUCGUCCUGGACUGAGAUUUACAGUUCCACAGAUCAAGUGUUACAUGAAGCAGCUGCUAACUGGGCUCCAUUAUUGUCAUCUCCAUCAAGUACUUCACCGAGACAUUAAAGGUUCUAAUCUUCUGAUAGAUAAUGAGGGAAAUUUGAAGCUAGCAGAUUUUGGGCUUGCAAGGUUAUUUUCUCAUGAUCAUACAGGGAAUCUUACAAACCGUGUUAUUACUUUGUGGUAUAG